AUGCACCUCACUGUGUUCCAUACCUUCUUAGGACCUUAUGAUUUCCCAAGCUGUAAGUGCUUAAUUUCAGCGUGCCCGGCUGGUCAACAGCUCUACGGCGUCGAAUGUACACGAGUGGCACAUUAUGGCCAAGUAUGUGAAAAGGACAGUCAGUGUGUCGAUCCAUUCAACGCUUGUGUUGCUGGUACUUGUCAAUGCGCCCCAGGAACCACAAGAGAUGUGAUGAGAGGCUUCUGCUACGCUGCCAACACAGACAGUUGCCCCCUCGGUUACCGCUGUGUGACUUACGGUAGUCCAUAUGUCGGGCACUGCUGCCGAUUACGUUGUCCGUAUGGAGAGCCCGACCUGAGCCAAUCCUGCGACGCUGGUGCAGCGCCAGAAUCCAAGUGCCGACCGCUCACCCACUUCUGCUAUACGAUCAGCGAGCCAGGGCGGUGUGAAGGCGGUAUCUCGAUGUCAUGCGCUUUGGGCACUUGUCAAUGUAAACUUGGCUAUCACCCGUACAAUGAUGAUCGGUUUCCAACGUGUGAGAAGACCUGUAAUCAGCUGGAAGAGAUUGCAUCGACCGACCGAUGCCUUCCAAAAGCUCAACUUGGCCAUCGAUUUCUCUCAAGAACAGUGUCAGGCUUAUCGCUGACUGUAGAUUUGGAACGUGUCAAUGCUUAUGUGGAUAUAAGCAGGUUCGAGUAA